AUGCGUGGUUUCCUCGACAUCGGCCAGUCAUCUGGCAUUGUUGCACGCGGAUACGCGCAUGUCAUGGGUGGCAGCGCCUCAAAAUCCCUUCCUGCAGCUGUCUUACCCACCUCCAAGACAACGACAACAGGUGUCCAGCAUGGCAGCUCGUCGCAAAUAGACACCGGGUUGUCAAGUUACGGCGAGCUACCACCACCACCAACCUAUGCCACAACCCGUGACCUGGACAAUCUGGACAAUCUGAGCGACAGAAAGGAAGGAGCCUUGGACGAGUGUACUCGUGCUCCAACUUUUGAGCCGGUGGUGGUUGUUCGCCUCACAACGAUCGUGAGGCCGCAUGGGCUGAAUGGGCGGAUGCUCAGCCUCUCAUGGCGCUGGAAAAUGGCUGUGAUGGACGUCGCGCCCAGCUAA